GCCCGGUUGAGGGGCGCCCUACUGCUGGAAUAGGAGGCCGUGCUUCAAGACAUGCCUUCCUGAGGCUGCAACUCUGCCGUACCCAAGUGCGUCGGGGUCACGCACCGUGCAGUGAUGCGUGACCAUCUCCAGCCUCCCGCCGGAACCCACUGCCCGGGCAGGGUGUGAACCCCCACCGCCUCCAGCUCACGCGCGCAGGGGUGCGUACACGUGGUGACCUGUCUGGGGCCGGGUUCCCGGCUCCGGCUCCUCCUCCCUCCAGCUUUCGUUAGGCUUUCUGCAGUAUCACGUGCAGCCGCGCCGGGUGCAGGAUGGCGGCUGCGGCAGCAGCGGUGGGUGUCAGGCUCCGAGACUGCUGCAGCAGGGGCGCUGUGCUCCUGCUCUUCUUUUCCCUGUCCCCUCGGCCCCCGACCGCCGCCGCCUGGCUGCUGGGCCUGCGGCCCGAGGACACCGCUGGAGGCCGCGUGUCCCUGGAGGGGGGCACCCUGCGCGCCGCCGAAGGCACCAGCUUCCUCCUGCGCGUCUACUUCCAGCCCGGGCCCGCGGCGCCCGUGGAGCCGGUGCCCACACCCCCCCUUUCCCCAGGGGAGAACGGCACCGGCGACUGGGCUCCACGGCUCGUGUUUAUCGAGGAGCCUCCGGGCGGGAGCGGCGCGGCGCCCAGCGCUGUUCCCACGCGCCCCCCGGGGUCGCAGCGCUGCCGCGAGCAGAGCGACUGGGCAUCGGACGUGGAGGUCCUGGGGCCCCUGCGCCCCGGAGGCGUGGCGGGCUCAGCUCUAGUCCAGGUGCGGGUGCGGGAACUGCGUAAGGGCGAGGCAGAGCGAGGCGGCACGAGCGGUGGCGGGAAGCUCUUCUCUCUGUGCGCCUGGGACGGGCGCGCCUGGCACCACCACGGCGCCGCCGGCGGCUUCCUGCUGCGCGUACGCCCGCGGCUCUAUGGCCCGGGCGGGGACCUGCUGCCCCCGGCGUGGCUGCGGGCGCUCGGAGCGUUCCUGCUGCUCGCCCUGUCUGCCCUGUUUAGCGGCCUGCGCCUGAGCCUGCUCUCGCUGGACCCGGUGGAGUUACGGGUGCUGCGGAACAGCGGCUCGGCCGCCGAGCAGGAGCAGGCGCGCCGAGUGCAGGCCGUGCGCGGCAGGGGCACCCAUCUGCUCUGCACCCUGCUCCUGGGCCAAGCCGGAGCCAACGCGGCCCUGGCAGGCUGGCUGUGCGCCUCGCUGCCGCCGGGCGUCGGGGACACCGGGGAAGACUACGGCGACGCGGGGACUCACUUCCCCUGGCUGCCGGCGCUCGUGUGCACCGGCGCCGUGUUCCUGGGCGCAGAGAUCUGCCCCUACUCGGUGUGUUCGCGGCACGGGCUGGCCAUCGCUUCCCACAGCGUGUGCCUGACCCGGCUCCUGAUGGCGGCCGCUUUCCCCGUGUGCUACCCGCUGAGCCGCCUGCUGGACUGGGCGCUGCGCCAGGAGAUCAGCACCUUCUACACGCGGGAGAAGCUGCUGGAGACGCUGCGGGCCGCGGAUCCUUACAGCGACCUGGUGAAAGAGGAGCUCAACAUUAUCCAGGGCGCCCUGGAGCUGCGCACCAAGGUGGUGGAAGAGGUGCUGACCCCUCUUGGGGACUGCUUCAUGCUGCGCUCCGACGCUGUGCUGGAUUUCGCCACUGUCUCCGAGAUCCUGCGCAGCGGCUACACUCGCAUCCCCGUGUACGAGGGCGACCAGCGGCACAACAUUGUGGACAUUCUGUUUGUCAAGGACUUGGCCUUCGUGGACCCCGACGACUGCACGCCGCUUCUCACGGUCACCCGCUUCUACAACCGGCCCCUGCACUGCGUUUUCAAUGAUACCCGGCUGGACACGGUGCUGGAGGAGUUUAAGAAGGGAAAGUCUCACCUGGCCAUUGUCCAGCGGGUGAAUAAUGAGGGAGAAGGGGACCCCUUCUAUGAGGUGAUGGGCAUUGUCACACUGGAGGACAUCAUAGAGGAGAUCAUCAAGUCGGAGAUCCUGGAUGAAACUGACCUCUACACCGACAAUCGGAAAAAGCAGAGGGUCCCACACAGGGAGAGGAAGCGGCACGACUUCUCCUUGUUUAAGCUUUCUGACUCGGAGAUGAGGGUGAAGAUCUCUCCACAGCUUCUGCUGGCCACGCACCGCUUCAUGGCCACAGAAGUGGAGCCGUUUAAGUCUCUGUACCUCUCGGAGAAGAUCCUGCUGCGGCUCCUGAAACAUCCCAACGUGAUCCAGGAGCUGAAGUGUGAUGAGAAGAACAAGAAGGCCCCGGAACACUACCUGUACCAGCGCAACCGCCCUGUGGACUACUUUGUGCUACUUCUGCAGGGUAAAGUGGAGGUGGAGGUUGGUAAGGAAGGCCUUCGCUUCGAGAACGGAGCCUUCACCUACUAUGGUGUCCCAGCCAUCAUGACCACUGCUUGCUCAGAUAACGAUGUGCGGAAGGUUGGAAGUCUGGCUGGAUCCUCUGUCCUUCUGCCCAUCUCUGUGUCUCGUACCUUCGUCUUCAGCAGAGGGGACUCUCUGGCAGGCUCCCCAGUAAACCGGUCCCCUUCCCGCUGCAGCGGGUUGAACCGCUCCGAGUCUCCGAGCCGUGAGCGCAGUGACUUUGGGGGAAGCAACACCCAGCUGUGCAGUAGCAGCAACAACCUCUACACACCCGACUACUCAGUCCACAUCCUCAGCGACGUGCAGUUUGUGAAGAUCACACGGCAGCAGUACCAGAAUGCGCUCACCGCCUGCCGCAUGGACAGCUCACCUCAGUCCCCCGACGUGGAGGCCUUCACUGACGGAGACUCCACCAAGGCCCCCAUGACCCGGGGCACACCCCAGACCCCCAAGGAUGACCCUGCCGUCACCCUCCUGAGCAACAGGAACAGCCUGCCGUGCAGCCGUUCAGAUGGGCUGAGAAGCCCCGGUGAGGUCAUGUACCUGAGGAUGGAGGAGAUGGCCUUCACCCAGGAGGAGAUGACAGACUUCGAGGGGCAGAGCACGCAGCAACUCUCACUGUCUCCUGCAGCUGUUCCCAUGAGAGCAGGUCAGGGAGGGAAACUGGGCCCUGCAGGAACAGGUGGGGGUGGGGGUCAAGGCCACCAGGUGCUGGGAUGGCCCAGGGUGAGCCAUGUGAGGGAAGUCUGGGACCCCUGUCCCCAUGUAAAACUUCCCACCUCCUUAUUCCACCAGGGAAGGGAAACUAAGGCUUACUAUGCACCUACCAUGCAUCAGACCCAUCUUAAUCCAUUCUCCUAGGAAAACAGUGUGUAGGACACUGUUAGCUAGGUUUCCACCUGGAUUCGGAUCCUGGCUUCUCCACUUAGGAGCUCUGCAAGUUACUUUAACCUAAGACUAGGUUUCCUUAUCUUAAUAGAUAUGUUUCCUUAUAUUAGUAGAUAUAAAUCACAGUGGCUAGCUCAUGAAGUAGCUCUGAGCAUAAAUGAGAUCACGUUUACAGGAGGGCACAUCAUAGUACUUGGUACCAUGCUCCCUAAAUGUUAGGUAUCAAUAGUUAUUAUUAGGCCUAAUUUACACAUUAGGAAACGAGGUCAGGCAUCACUCUUACUGACAAGGUUCGUCCCUUCCUUUGGGCCCCAGAGACUAGCUAGUAAGCUGGUUUUGAACUUUCGCUUGCCGAGGAACCUCAACCAAAACACCCUACCUGGAUCCCUGGGUGUGUAGGUGGGAAAGGCUUGUGUUCUUUCUUCUUUCCUUUCUCUCAGCAUCAGAUAGUGAAUGUUGUCAUAUCAACCUGGACACAGAGACCAGCCGCUGCAGCAGCAGCUUUGAGGAAACCAUGGGCCAGAAGUUGCUGAGAACCUUGAGUGAGUAGCUCUUCACCCAGAUGAAAACGGCCCGCCAGCUGGUUAGUACAAAAAACACGUUAGGAUCUUAUUCCUGGAGGAGGAACCAUUGACUCCUGUUGGGAACUCUAAUGAGGUACAAUUGUGGAUACCCAUAAUAGGGCUCAGGCAGUACUGCACCUUUGAUACUUUGGGGAGCUGUCCCACUCAGUUGGUGGUCGUCUAGGACAGGAGUCUGCAAACCACGGCCACAGAUCAAAUCCUGACCUCCCUCCCCCGCCCAUUCCUGUAAAAAAUAAAGACUUACUGGAUCAUAGAAGCCCCUUGUUAUUGAUGGCCACAAUGGCAGAGUUGAGUAGUUGCAACAGGGACCAAAUGGCCUGCAAAACCUAAAACAUUUACAAUCUGGUCCUUUAAGGAAAGAAUUUGUGUUUGGGACACUCAAUAAAAAGGAAAGCAAUAUCCUCCGUGGAAAGAAGUCCAUGGCAGAGAGAACAAGGUGAAAAAUACUCCUUCCUAAAAACAGUGGAGCUGGGAACAGAGUGCCCUUCCAUCCUUGAAGGCAGUUACAUAAUUACCCCCACGUACCCCAGUGCAGAAGGAAGGUUGCCUCUGAUCGAGAGAAUGUAGGUCCCCAGUGGGGGUGUGGCUCCCAGCUACACCCACCACCCCUGGCUCAGGGACAUCAAAGUCCGUGAGACCAGCCCUCUCUCAGAGGGUGUCUGGCAGUCAUCUGAGCUGGGGAUGGUGGGGCGUGAUCCUGAGGCAUUGUGUGGGCUUCACUCAGUCUCCUCCAGGAAAUCUCCAUUCCGUUGGCACUAGCCUGGGUGCGCGGCUUUUUGGAGAUGUCAUCUCAGGGGGAAGGUGCAUCCUAAUCCUUAAAGAUGUAAAUAUGCUGAUGUCAGCACCAGGAGACAAUGCAGGUUACUUCUGACAAACUAUCAAGGGCUUUGUCUCCAUUCCUGCUUCUAUUUUGAAGAAAGCUUAGACCACCGAGAGAGUAUCAAUGUCCUCCCAGUCUUAAAGAUUGAUCCUUACAAGCUGUGUUUUUCAGGUGGUCAAAAAAGGAAGAGGUCACCAGAUGGAGAGAGAACCUCUGAGGAGAACUCCAACUUAACCCCUCUCAUCACAUGACAGGGCAGUCAGCGUUCGCUGGGUGCGUGAGAUUCCAGAGCUUUGGGGAGAACCCGUCCUCCCAUCAUCUGCUUCUCCCCAAGGCCUCCCACAGGUGACAGAGCGUUCCGCUUUCCUUACCACCUCUUCACCCCUAGCUGUCAGUUUGGCAGAUUUUCCCUCGUUCCUCCAGUUUGACUCAGAGCCUUGCGGUAGCCAUAACGGAAGGAGGUGCCUCAGUGGAACAUGCUAGAAAUGGUUUUAUCCACAGCACAGUCUGGGACUGGAGAAGAAAUGACCCCAGGCUGACAGUGCCACUCGAGGAUCCCUGAUGCCCUUUUUUGUUCUUUGGUGUCCCCUGGCACCAUAUUUCAUACUUAGCUUAGGUCAAAAGGUGCCACUGGCAGACGGGCACAAAGGAGGCUGGAGCAGCAGAUAGGAAGAUUAGUUCAGGAGAUGCACCACGAAUUCCUCCAGAACAUUAGAGCAGCGGGACAGUCACGUUGGCAUGUGAAGUUACAGGACAGAUAACUGUCAGUGACCAGUUUCCUGUUAGAUAAGGGUUCCAGCAGCCUGGGAGGUGUGUCUCAGCUGGAAUGGAAAGAAUGUGAGAUGGAACCUCAAGUCACUGUUAUUUCCCAGGGACACAUCUGUUUUGGCUCCUGAUCAGUACUCAUCAAUCCAACAAUAAAUCUGCUCUGGAAGAGGAGGAGCAGGGAGCAGAGAACCCCAUUUGGGAGCCAGAGAUGGAACUUCAGGUUUUAAGUUCAAAAAAUAUAUAUAUGUGGAAAGUUUUUAGCCAUGACAAACCAAAGAGUGCCCAGGUCGGCCAAGAAGGAUGCAAGCUCUCAUGGGACUUCAGUGUAUAUUACACUGGAACACUGAAGAAUCACUCUUCUUUUUUCAUCCAUUCCCCCCACCCCCACCC